CCCCUUAAUCUCUUAUAGAAUUCAGUAAGUUACUUCUGAAUUAUUUUUCUCUCCAUUAUUCCAACAGAUUCCCUCUGAAGCUUAAGUGUCAUCAUGAACCUGUGGCUCAGCAGUCUGCUAUUUGCAUUGCUGCUUCUGAGCAGCUCAGCUGAAACACCUGAAGAAUGCCAGCCACUGGUCUCUCCCCAGUCUCUGGCCGACCCAUCUGUGAUGUUCGGGAGAGUGAAUCUCCUUGCGGGCUAUGCGGAUCAUGCCUUCUACAAAGCCAUGAUGAAGAUGGCUGAGAGCUCCUGGACAAAUAUUACAGGGUCACCAGCAGACAAUAAUGAGAUUCUCAUGCAUCUGCGAAGCAGGGCGAAUGGAACCUGCGUCAAAGCCACCACAAAAGCGAAGAUAGAGGGAAACGCCAUGACAUCCGGAAAUCAACACGGGACCUCUGAGGUGUACCUGCUCCCAAGCUGUGACAGCUGUAUCGUCUUCCUCAUGAAAACAACUAUGCCAGACUUCGGAUUCCUCCUUAAGAUGAUACAACCCAGUGACGCAGACAUGCCUGUUGCAAACACUGCUCGUGCUCUGUUACUUCAAGGCAAAGGACAGUCUGUGACAGAGUCUGAAAUGGAGCAUUUUAAGAAGCAGGCAAGCUGCCUUGGCUUCUCUGGAGAACUAGACUAUCUCUACAAUCCUGACAUAAGUUUUUGCAAAGAAGAGGAGUGCAUCGAGAUGCCAUCACCUCAGUAGAUGGGAUGCUGUCCACCUAUGCCUAAUUUACAGUUUGACUAAAAGUUGUCUCAAUAAAACCUUUCCUUUAUGAGAGAAAA